UGCAGUGCAGGAAGCCAGGAUGAAGAAGGAACACAGCAUGCCUGUCCAGACUGGCCUGGAGACAUUUCCUAAGUUAGAAAAGACAGGGUCCAGCUACUCAGUCACACCGACACCAAGGAGCAGGGGCCAGGCUGGGGGCUCUUCCUGUGGCUCCAGCUAGCAGGGGAGCUCACGGGAGGAACUGUCGGGCUGAUGGCCCGGAGAGGGCCCACGAGGCGGGUGAGGGGGUCACUGUGGCAGCUCACACUUGAUCUGGGGUCAAAUGCACGUGGAAUUCCUUUUUCCUUUGUGAGUAAGCCACAGCCCUUCAUUACUACAGGUGUCUCCAAGCAGGACAUCCGGGAUCAGAUUUGGGACUUUAUGGAGGCACAGAAUUUAGCUGACUUCCCCCGGCCUGUCCACCACAGGAUCCCCAACUUCAAGGGUGCCCCCCGAGCUGCCGAGCACUUCCCCCGCUUGCCGCCCUUCAGAACCGCCAGGACCAUUAAAGUCAACCCUGACGCCCCCCAGAGAAGCGUCCGCUUCCUCGUCCUCCACAGUGGGAAGACGUUGCUGGUCCCCACGCCACGACUGAGAACCGGAUUGUUUAACAAGAUCACGCCACCGCCCGGGGCCACCACAGCCGUGUUGAGGAAAUGUGCCACCUCCCAGGGCGUGCGGGACUUCAGCGUGCCCGUCGGCCUGGACUCCAGCAUCCAGGUGGACCUCCUCGUGGUGGGCUCCGUGGCCGUCUCCGAGAAAGGCUGGAGGAUUGGGAAGGGCGAAGGCUAUGCGGAUCUCGAGUACGCCAUGAUGGCGUCGAUGGGCGCCGUCCGCGCGGGCACGCCCGUGGUCACCGUGGUCCAUGACUGCCAGGUCAUGGACAUCCCCGAAGCCCUGCUCGAGGACCACGACCUCUGCGUGGAUUACAUCCUCACCCCCACCCGGGUCAUCGUCACGGGCUGCGUGCGCCCGAAGCCGGCGGGGAUCACGUGGUCCAAGAUCACGAGUGAGAUGCUGGAGAAAAUCCCGGUGCUUCGAAGCCUCCGGGACCGAGAGAGGCGAGCGGGGAAGGACGUCUCCAUCCGGGCGUAGCUCACCCGGCACCCCCGCAGCCAGCAGGCCGCCCCGCCAGGCCGCGCCACAAGACCCCAAGAGGCCCCGCAGCCCCGGGCAGGUGAACCUGCCUCCAGCGCCCGCGCGAGGGACCUGGAGCGCCUCCCGGGGGAGCUGGGGUCCGGGCCUCCGCGGCGGACCCGGCAGGGCCCGCGGCACACGGCCGUCCUGCACUCCCCGGACCCCGCGGCCGCCCUGCGGGGCCCGC